AUGAGGGUCCAGCUCUGGACGGUGGCAGUUACAGCCACCCUCUCCUCGGCCUUAUUCAUUCCCACCCCCCAACAAGCCCUAAAAGAUCUCGACCUCAACAACAUAGACGCAAAUGAUAAGGUCGCCCUCGACGAUUACCUCCUCCAACUCUCACUAGUGGACGCCGCAUCCGAAAUCCAAAACAGUGGCCUAGGCGACACCCUCACUUCCCUCUUCGACACAGUAGACGCAGAAGACUCCGACUACUUUGAUGAGGACGACUAUGACGACGCAGAAUACCUCCCUGAGGACAUCACCCAGCUGCCCCCCUUCUCCCAGCUACACCCCCCACACCACCCGCCCUCCGACAAGACUAUUUACGAGCUCAUUACCGAAAGCAAAUACACCACCAUCCUGGCGAAGCUCAUCAAAGACGACGAGGAACUGGUCAAGCUCCUCAACUCGACAGAAACAAACCACACUUUCUUCGCGCCCACAGAUGACGCAUUCAAGAAGAUCCCACACCACGACGACCACAAACCACCCAAGGAGCUCAUCCGCGCCGUCAUCAAGUACCACCUAGUCCCGGGACUCUGGAACGCCCGCACCGUCUUCCAUAGCCACACCCUACCGACUGAAUUGGAGAGUCCAGCACUGGGAGAUAAACUUCCGCAGAGACUAUCCGUCCGAGCAGGCUGGAGAGGUCUAACGCUGAACUUCUAUAGUCGGGUUGUAGCACCCGAUAUCCCCGGCACCAACGGCCUAAUCCACGGUAUAUCCAGCGUCCUGCUGCCGCCCCCAACAACCAAAACCCUACUGGACCUGGUGCCCACGAAAUUCAGCACCUUCGACCUCGCCCUCCUCAAAACCAACCUCACCAUCCCAGAAAACAAAGGCAAAGAUACCAAGAAAGGCCACACAAUCUUCGCGCCCUCAAACGCAGCCUUUAGCAAAUUGGGCCUCAAAAUCAACGCCUUCUUAUUCUCGCCCUACGGCCAGAAAUACCUCCUCGCCCUGCUCAAGUACCAUAUCGUUCCGGACCGGACGCUGUAUUCGGAUGUUAUCUACACGGAGAAGGGCGAGAUCCGGCCGUUUGGCGUCAAGGGGUUCACGCAUUUGGAUCUGCCGACGUUGUUGGGGGAGAAGAGGUUGAGUGUUGAUGUGGCGCGGUUUGGACCGUAUGCUUCGUUGAAGGUUAAUGGGAUCCAGCGGGUGGCGGUUGCGGAUGCGUUGGGGCGGGAUGGGAAUGUACAUAUUGUGGAUGGGGUGUUGGUUCCGCCGAGGAAGGUGGUGGAGGGGGCGGCGGAGUGGGAUGAGUGGAACGAGGAGUUGACGGUGGAGGAUCUGAAGGAGCGGCUUGCGGAGUGGGUGGACAAUGAUCAUGAUGGUUACGAUGAGGGGGUGGAGUUGUGGGCUCAUGCUUUUGACCUGUAG